AUCAAUCUCUCCAACUUUUAAUUAUUCAAUAUUUUAUCUUUUUGACCAGGUUUUAUUUUACUCCUGAAUUGCAAAUUCUUUCUAAUUCGGACGGACUUUGCGCUCGAUCGGGAUCUCGAUGCCCUGGAACUUACUUGGUUGCGUUUUCGACUUCCAUCAUCUUAAAAUUCGACAUGCAUCUACACGGGCAUCUCCUCGUAUUGUUUGUAAGAGAUUCCUUUUCUUGCGUGGUACAGAGUCGGUCAAUAGAUAUAGAAUAUAUCUCUCUGCUACAUCGUAUUCAUAAUGACAAUAUAAAAGGUCAUUCCUACAGAGGAUACAUAAUUGCUGGAUCUAACAUAUCUGAUAACGCAAUAAUUGAAAUGAAACGCAACGUAUCUACGAAAAGACCAAUUUGCUUCAUAUUUUCUGGAAUUGGAUCUCAAUGUUUUAAUAUGGGUCGAGCUUUAAUGAAAUUUCCAACUUUCAUUAAAGCAGUGCAAAAAUGCGACACAAUUUUGAGACCUCACGGUAUAUUGGUGACAGAUAUUCUAACAAAUAAAAACAAUGAUGUUUUCGAUAAUGUAGUCAAUUUAUUUGUAGGCCUCAUUGGAUUACAGAUCGGAAUAGUUGAUCUUUUAACAAGCAUUGGAAUCAUUCCUGAUAUUAUAAUGGGU